UUUAUACUGAUGAAAAUAAUAAUAUGUAUAGACGUAUAGUUGACGUUUGAAUACCCUGUUGGAUCACGGAUGUGACAUGACGUGAAUAAUCAUGAAAGUGUACAUGAUGUUCGCACUCUGCGCCCUGAUGAUGUCUUGUUUGCCCCGCCAGUACGACUGUUGCAUGGACACUGUGCUCAAGUCGUUUUUCGAGAUGUUCAAUCCCAGCGUUGAAGCUGGUCCUGGACGGUUGGUCAGCCGGCAUCGGUACAAGGACGGCUUCAUGCCCGACUAUCCCUUGGAGGUUAUCGGUCACGACGGCGAAUGGGUCAAGCCACCUGAUGACAAUGACGACGGAAGCGUGCCGACGGCUGACUACGUGGACGAAGGUGCAGGUAAUGGUGUAAGUUCAGGAGACCGUACAAGUAGUGGUGGCGGUGCAAGUUCGGAAGGUGGCGCAGGUGGUACAAAUGGUGAUAAUGGCAGCGGCCGGCUGGAAUACUCCAUCCGGCAACAGAAGAUUGACGCAGCUGUCGGUGCAACUUCAAGCUCCGGCCCAGGAAUACGGCCGGACGACCAUCGGCCUUUUUCGGAUUUCGUCGUCAGCCUGCUCAAAACGGUUCAGUUGACGCCUCUUGCGACGCUCAAAAAGUCAAAAGGCAAACCACCUGGCGCAGUCCCGGCCACGAAGACGACUGUGCAUCAGCCGCAACACCACGGCGGCAUCACGAACCCGUGGUAGCAAUAUACUUGGCGGCGGGUGCAGUGAGAGCCCACCCAAACACGAGGAGAAAACCAUUUUUCAAACCUUUCUUCGAAUGCCUAUAACAUAUAGUUAAUAUUAUUUUAAUCACGUGCUGGUCACGAAAGUUUACAAAAAAAUGUACACCCCUUCGCCAACGACACUCGCAAAAGGCAAAGUUGCGAUGAUAUAUGUAAAAUAGGUGUAUACCUAUAAUCAUGAUUUUUAUUUACCUAUAUAAUAUUUAAAAUGUAUUUAUGCCCUGCUCAACUUUCUUCAUGUAUUAUUUAACGUUUUAUUUUAGUGUAUUUAAUUGUAUCAUUAUAUCAAACACAUAUUAUGUACUUAUAUACAAUGAUAUGUAGUUAAAAAAAAGUCACAUUUUGAACAACAGCUAACAGCUAAAUUAUUAUUUCGUUGUAAUCGAUUUACAAAAGAAUGAAACUUCAAUUUAUCUUACGUUUUAACAUUAUAUUCAAGUUCCAACUCCGAGAUUGGUUCAUAAUAUGUAUGUUGUGUACAAUAUAUUAUUUAUGCAAGAAUGCUACUAGCGUUUAUUAAAUUUUUUUUGGCUCCAAGGUCUAGACGAAAGUAUAUGGAUAUUGUAAUGGACAAGUCGUGCUGGUUCGCAUGGACUAUACUGGCGCGUUUACUAUAAUAUUAUAUUGUUUAUGUUGAAAUGUUUGAGAGAAAAAACAAUCAACAUCCCGAUGUUUGUUCGAUACGUCAUUCUGUCAUAAUAUACUAUAUUAUAUUAAAACACGAUGCACAUUUAAUUUAAGUCAGUUUAUUAUUAUUAUUAUAAUAAUUGUACGCCGAUGUAUGUAUAGUUGUCACCUUGUUAUUAUUAUACAUAUUAUAGUUGUAUCUUGUAUUAUAUUAUAUUAUUAUGGUUACUGGUUUUUUUUAUACUAACCUGGUGUGUCACGCCAUUAUUUAAUAGGUACUUCAAAUUAUUUACAAUUGUAAUAAUAUAUUUCGUUUACACUACUACCGUACUCGUAUUACCUUACCGUUUUAAAAUAAAACAUAAUCAAGUG